AUAGUUAGUUAGACGCAGCUGAAGAUAGUUUGACAUUGUUAGAUAUAAGAGGUCCCUCUAGAAUGAGAACGAGGUCUGUGUGAAAUCAACCACAACCCAGGGGUGUGCAACUUAAUUCAGCACAGGAAGUGUUACAGAGUUGCUUCUUACACUGCACCAGCCCUUCUGUCCACACACACACACACACACACACAUGAGGAAGCAGCAGGUUAUAGAGAACUCUCCAGGAAAGGACAUAAACAUCCACAUCCUGGUGAACGGACAUCAUGAUCAAACGCAAACUGAGUUUUAAGUGGUUUGGGAGUCUGGGGAAUCUUUCCUUCCGUCGCAAAUCGGACACAUCGAAAGAAGGUUCUCAUAAAGAUGAUGAGCCGACCAUCUACGAGGAUGACAUGCGGCCUCGCUGCCCGAGUUACGCUCGCUCCAGUGAAAUGUACACCCACAUGGGCACCAUGCCACGCUCCUCAAAAAAGAAAGACAAGAGCACCAAGAAUAAAAGUCAGGAUAAUCAGAGGAGUCUUAAAACCAAAACCAAGGCCAGCAGCAGCUCUUUGGGCCGGAGUCAGAGCAUGAGAUGUACAGACUACGUGAUCGAGUCGCCUCUAAUGAGCGCUCUCAAUGGCAAAGCGCUCUCCAGCCUGCACGAGAACAACGUAGAUGACAAGCACACUCCAGAACACCAUAGUGCUCAAUCCAGGAAGGAAUCUGAAACUCCAACCACUGAGCAGAUCCAGAAAGAUCAGAAAAAAGCAUGUUCACGAGAUCCAGAUCGACCUCCAGAUGCCUUCCAGGAGAAACCAGAUCUGCCUAGGAAGAGCAGUCUCACUGUGAAGAUGUCUGUGGAUCUGCAGGAGAACAAAACGUCCACCGUUACAGAGCGUCAUCACGAGAAAGAAGAAGAAGAGAGGAAAACCGGUCCAGAUCCUCAGAGUCAAAAGGAAACUACAGACAGUCAAGGAGAGUAUGUAGAGUUUUCCAAGGAGAAGUACCUAUUGGAGUCUCCUCCAGAGAAGCUGAGGAAGGAACUGGAAGAGGAACUAAAGCUCAGCAGCAGUGACCUAAGGAGCCACGGCUGGUACCAUGGCCACAUUCCACGAGAGGUGUCAGAGACGCUGGUCCUGCGCAGCGGCGAUUUCCUGGUGCGAGACUCUCUGGCGAACGUGGGCGAUUACGUCGUCACGUGUCGCUGGCAGCAGGAAGUAGUGCACUGCCGCAUCGGCAAGGUUGUGGUAAAGGGUGCCCAGACGAAGGUGCAGUUCCUCCUGGAGGAUGAGACCUUCGACUCUCUGCCGACUCUGAUCCGACAUCAUGCUGGCACCGGACGACCCGUAUGCCUGCGCUCUGGAGCUCAGCUGCUCUUCCCCAUCAACCGCACUCUACCCCUCAGGUACUUGGAGGCAACGUUUGCCCUGGCGAGUGGGAGAUCGGGGUCAAAUUCUCCGUCUGCUCAGCGGGGGGCGCACAUCAAGAGACGCAGCGUCACCAUGACGGACGGCCUGACUGCUGAGAAGAUCAUCCCACACAGCGACGGCGAGUCGAGUGAAGCGUCCGUCUCUCGAGUGUCAGACACCAAAGUGAAGACGGCGCAGGGAUGCAGCUGUCCAUCCACAGUUCACCAUAAAGACGCCAUGAGGAACUGUGCACUCAGUAUGGACCAGAUACAGGAGAUGCGCUGCCCCCUGUCUCCUGUAGGAGAAACACAUCUUUCACCUGCCUACACCUCCAUGUCCCGUCACAGACACGGCUCUGGUGGCCGUGUCCUGGCUGUCAUUCCACCUUCACCGGCGAUGCGACGCUCUAGUGAGCCCCACCUCUCCCCUACCUCCUCAAAUAACAACAUCCCAUGCACAGACACGCCCCCCAGUGCUCCCGGAUACCCCUCAGAUGGCUCUGAAGGUGGGGGCAGUUACUGUGAGCUGAGGCCAGGCCAGCCCCCAACACCUCCAUCUAAGAGCUAUGUGGAGAGGCUGAGGGUGGAGGAGGGGCGAGCACCAGGCUCCGCCCCCAACAGUGGAGGAGAGAGCUUCACCCUGCCUUUGGUGGAGAGCAGCUCGUGCUUCAGACCUGGAAGAUACCAAUCAGAGCUUCUACCUACAGAAAAUAAACCCCUAGAGAUGGGGGUCCUGAAGAGGGUGAAGGAACUGCUGGCUGAAGUCGACCCUAAAACAGCGGCCAAACACAUCACCAAAGCCGACUGCACGGUUGCUAGGAUACUGGGUGUUACCAAGGAGAUGCAAAGGAUGAUGGGAGUGGGUUCAGGGCUGGAGUUGCUGACUCUACCACACGGCCAUCAGCUUAGACUGGACCUGCUCGAGAGGUUCUACACCAUGUCUAUAAUGAUGGCGGUGGACCUGCUGGGAUGUACGGGUAGCACGGAGGAACGAGCCUCUCUGCUCUAUAAGACCAUCCAGCUGGCAGCCGAGCUCAAGAGCACCAUGGGAAAUAUGUUUGGAUUCGCUGCCAUCAUGAGAGCUCUGGAGCUCCCUCAGAUCUCACGCCUGGACCAGACGUGGAUGACGCUCAGACAGAGACACACGGAGGGAGCCAUAUUGUACGAGAAGAAGCUCAAGCCCUUCAUGAAGGGAUUAAACGAAGGCAAAGAGAGCUCUGUGCUGUCAAGUACAUCUUUUCCACAUGUGGUUCCCGUGUUGUGUCUGUUGGAGAAGGGCGUGGCCAUAGGGGAGGGGCCAGAGCCAUGGGAUACUUCAGAAUGUGGGGUGGACGUGGUCAUGAGCCAUCUAGAGGCAGCACGCAGUAUUGCACACCACGGAGGCCUUUAUCGCACUAACGCCGAGAGCAAGCUGCACGACUUCCAGGAGAGAGAUGAAGUGUCGGAGAUCUUCUGCACUGAAUUCCAGAUGAGGCUCCUGUGGGGAAGUCGAGGUUCAGAGGGAAGCCAGAGCGAACGCUACGAGAAGUUCGACAAAGUUCUCACAGCUCUUUCUCACAAGCUGGAGCCUCCUGUACGCCACAGCGAGCUCUAGCACCGCCUUCUUUCACCUCCUACUCCCCCUGUCUGGGACAUUGGUACGGUCUUUCAUCUCAGUGUCCUUCCUCUUCUGGGAGACCAAUUUAAAGACACGGGGUUUCGAAUGAAGAAAUGGAAGUGAGAGAACUGGAUGGGACAGAAUGUGGAACUCCAGCGGGGGUGGAGUUUAAAAUCCUGACACCAAAAUAUCUUUCCUGUUUCAGGAGAUAAAUGAUGGAGAAGCAUCUUCUUUUCUGUGAUCUCAGCGUGCAUGUUCAUCUCUCUAUCGCCCCCCCCAGGAACUUCAGAGAGACGUCACAAUCACUCACGUUGCCAAAUAUCUCCUUCUUAUACAUUUUAUUAUUAUUAUAAUUUUCAUUUCUCACUUCUGCGUACGAGGAGCAAUAUGGGGCAACACACACACACACACACACACACACACACACACACAGUACACGGUACACAGUGCAGUGUAGCCUAUGGGUAAAUGUGUAGGGUUUAUAGAGGAUUUCAUCCUGGACAUUACUCUGGUUCCUGCUGAAGAUCCAAAAUCCUGGGGAAAAAAAAAGAUUUUAAAGAUCUUGGACCCUGGUCCCUUUUGGUGAUGUUGACAAAUCUCUCAUUCUGGAUCUUACUCUGGUUCCUAAAGAAAAUCUCACCACAAAGCCUGUAAGAAUAUUAAAAAAAUAAUCAUUCUGGUUCUUUUUAGUGAUUUGUUGAAGAUCUCACCCUGUCACCGGUUCUAGUUGAAGUAGUUCCAGUGGUUCCUGUUCGAUAUUGGUCCACUUUCUCAUCUUGGCUUUUUUGAAGAUCUCAAUUCUCAGCCUAGGCCCUCUUAAAGAUCUUAUUCAGGAUCCUGCUGGAGAUUCCACUCCAAAUCCUGGUUAAAAAUAAACAAAGUAGUUCAAAUUGUUGAUGUAAUGAUCUCACACUGUUAAAGGUUUUCAAAGAUCUCACCCUAUUCCCCACAAUCCUGUCAAAGAUUUUUUUUUAAAAAGAUCUCACCCAGGGUCCUCAUCCUCUCUUUCCCUGGUUCCUGUUAAAGCUCCUCCUCAGAUUCCUUCUGAAAGAUCUCACUCUGGAACUGGUUGAAGCUCCUUUCUGAAGGUCUCCUGUGUGGACUGUUACAGUGAGGUGGACAUGCUGCAUGUUGCUCCUUCUCUCCUGGUUUUUGUAAGAGUGUGUGUGUGUGUGUGUGUGUGUGUAAGAGGUCUCUUCAGGAUAAAGUCCAGUGUAAUAAAUGGAUAGUGUGAAUUUCCUCAGCAUUACAUUUUUUUUUUACAUUUUUAUCGUUUUUUCCAUCAAUCGACCCUGUGAGGGUCUCGGUGCAUCUCCACGCCAGAACCAUGACAUCAAAAAUCAGGCAAAAAAAGGAAAAAGUAACAUUUUUAGUUGAUCUUUCAGAGGAAAGCGAGAAAAGGAAUCGAUGUUCUCUCUCUAUUUUUUAUUUGUACGCUUUAAAAGCCAGAGCUUUUCCCAACAUUCAGGUGAACUGGACUUGAAGUGAUAUACCUCUUACUGUUCUUCUCUUUCGUCAUAUUGUAUAUAUAUUUUUUCACCUGCAUUUUCAUUUCUCCAUCUGAUAAUAAACACAUUUUAAUAUA